GCGGGUUGUUUUGGGCGCAUUUACGCGCACACGCCUAAAGAGUGAAACUGUGAUUGAACGCGCGACACUCCGGGUUCAGUUGUACGUGCACGCUCUCCCGUGCACGCGCCCCGUGUGCUUUAAUGCGGCUGCGCCCUGGCAGUCUUGAAUUUGUCCCGCGGAUGCGUGCAGCGGGGGAAGCUCCGGUCUGUCGCUGCAAAAGUGUUGAGGACGCGGCGAUGCGCGCAGCGGAGAGUCCGGAGCGGCGUAGCGGGUCUCUGAGCACCACCAGGCGGACACGCAGUGAGCUGUGAGCGGGGAGCACCGCAGCAGAACCUCCGGUCUCCGGUAUCUCUGAGCACACGCCUCCGGGAAGCUGCGCCGAGGAGUCGGUACGGGCUUCACCGUCUGCUCGGCGUUUCUCUGGGACCAGCGGCGCUCCGAGCAUGGAGCCACGGCGGUGAUCCGGUGAAGAAGAAGAGCCGCCCCGGACGUUGAGAACAUGGGUUGCUUCGCCGCUGCGGAGGGGAGGGCUUUGCUGUAACACCGGCGGAUCAUGGCAGGGGUUCACGCUUCGGAUGCGGGACAUUUUCUGGAUCCUGCCAUCGGCGCCCCUCCAGCCCAAGGCGCGACCACCGUGGCGGGGAUCACCGGAGACGCGGCCGUGCUGCCGCCCGCCGGCACCCGGACGUACUUGGAGGUGUCGGCCGCUGCCCACGGCUACGGGGCCGAGGGAAUUUACACCAACGGACGGUACAAGGAGCUCGGCAGCCCGCGGAUCGGGAGUGGCAGCCGCGACAAUUCGGCGGAGAGGAUCCAGGCGGCUGGAAACGCACCUUGCGGCAUCAUGAAGGAUGGAUCUAAGCAGAGGCAGGUGAGGAAGAAGACGGUUUCCUUCAGCUCGAUGCCCAGCGACCGCAAGAUCAACAGCACGGCCGCCUGCAUGGCCUUCAUGAUGGAGGGCUGCGAGAUGAAGAAGGUCCGCUCCAACUCGCGCAUGUACAACCGCUACUUCCUGCUGGAUCCGGACAUGCACUGGCUCCGCUGGGAACCGUCCAAGAAGGAUUCCGAGAAGGCCAAACUGGAAAUCAAGAGCAUCAAGGAGGUCCGAUUAGGAAAGAAAACUCCUGUUCUGCGCAGCAAUGGCCUCUCAGAUCAGUUCCCAGAUGAGUGUGCAUUCUCGAUCAUCUAUGGAGAUAACUAUGAGUCCUUGGAUUUGGUCGCCAGCACAGCGGAUGUGGUCAGUACCUGGGUGAUGGGACUGAGGUAUCUGGUGUCUUAUGGUCGCCACACCGUCGACAUGGUUGAACCGAGCCAACCCAGCUUACGAACUUCCUGGAUUGGCUCCGUAUUUGAGCUGGCAGAUAUGGACAAGGAAGGGCACAUAGAUCUGUUCAGAGCCACCCAGAUAAUAAAGGGGCUCAAUCCAGGAAUGAAAGAGGCGAGGAUAGAGCUGAAGUUCAAGGAGCUCCAGAAAGCCAAAGACCAGUACGGGGAGGCGAUCAACAUGGACACCUUCGUUGAGGCCUACUGCGAGCUCUGCACUCGGCCUGAGAUCUUCUUCCUGCUGGUGCAGUUUUCCAGCAACAAGGAGUAUCUGGACAAUAAGGAUCUGAUGCUGUUCGUGGAUGUGGAGCAGGGUGUGGAGGCUGUAACGGAGGACAUGUGCAGGGAGAUUGUUCAGAAGUUCGAGCCAUCUGCCGAAGGCCGAGAAAGGGGCUACCUCUCCAUCGACGGCUUCACGCACUACCUCCUGUCCUCCGAAUGCCACAUCUUCGACCCGCAGCACAAGCGUGUUUGCCAGGAUAUGACCCAGCCGCUCUCGCAUUACUACAUCAACUCGUCGCAUAACGCCUCCCUCCUGGAAGACCACUUCUGGGGCUCGUCGGACAUCAGCAGCUACAUCCGAGCUCUGAGGAUGGGCUGUCGUAGCAUCGAGAUCAUAGUCUGGGAUGGACCCGAUAAUGAGCCGGUGGUGUAUGUUGGCAGCUCUGUCGCCUCGCAGCUAGCUUUCUCUAAAGUUCUGGACAUCAUAAACCAGUAUGCUUUUGAGAGCUCCGAGUAUCCCCUGAUCCUCUGCCUGGUGACCCACUGCUGCAUCCCCCAGCAGAGGGUCAUGGCACAGCACAUGAAGAAGAUUCUUGGCGACAAACUGCAUGUCGUUUCCCCCAACAAGGAGGACAACUACCUGCCCUCUCCGGAAAAACUCAAAGGUAAAAUCCUCCUCAAGGGCAAGAAGCUGCCGCCCAACUGCACUGAUGCUGAGGGGGAUGUGACGGAUGAGGAGGAAGGUCUGGAGAUGUCCAGAAGAGUUGGAGCCGACGAGAAGGACCAGCUGAACGGGCUGGGCUGUAAGAGACUCCGACUGUGCAGGGAGCUUUCGGAUCUCGUUUCUCUUUGCAAGUCGGUCCAGUUCAGGGAUUUUGACAUCUCAAAGAGGGAGCAGAAAUACUGGGAGAUAUGUUCCCUCAAUGAGGUGGAUGCAAACAGAUUUGCCAAUGAAUUCCCAGAGGAGUUUGUUUGCUACAACAAGCGCUUCCUCUCCAGGAUAUACCCAACGCCAAUGAGGAUCGAUGCCAGCAACAUGAACCCGCAGGACUUCUGGAAGUGUGGCUGCCAGAUUGUGGCCAUGAACUACCAGACACCUGGUCUGAUGAUGGACCUAAACCUCGGCUGGUUCCGGCAAAACGGUAACUGUGGGUAUGUCCUACGGCCAGCCAUCAUGAGGGAGGAGGUGUCGUACUUUAGUGCCAACGCUCGGGACUCCCUGCCAGGAGUCUCUGCACAGCUUCUCCACAUCAAGGUCAUCAGUGGCCAGAAUCUGCCCAAACCUCGAGGUUCUGCAGCAAAGGGCGAUGUUGUGGAGCCCUACAUAUACGUGGAGAUCCACGGCAUACCAGCUGACUGCGCUGAGCAACGAACCAAAACCGUGUCCCAGAACGGUGACAACCCUAUUUUUGAUGAGACUUUUGAAUUCCAGAUAAAUUUACCGGAACUGGCAGUGCUGCGCUUUGUGGUUCUGGACGACGACUACAUUGGAGACGAGUUCAUCGGCCAGUACACCAUCCCAUUCGAGUGCCUACAGCCAGGCUAUAGACAUGUCCCACUGCAGUCCCUGACCGGAGAGUUCCUUCCCAAUACCACCCUGUUCGUUCACAUCACCAUCACCAACCGGCGGGGCGGAGGGAAGGCCCAUAAGAGGGGUCUGUCGGUCAGGAAGGGCAGGAAGGCUCGAGAGUACACCACCACCAAGACCACCGGGAUCAAAGUGGUGGACGAACUCUUCAGGGCGUCAACUCAGCCACUCAGGGAGGCAACGGACCUCAGAGAGAACGUACAGAAUGCCAUGGUGUCCUUUAAGGAGCUGUGUGGACUAACGCCUGCAGCCAACAUGAAGCAGUGCAUCCUGACGGUGUCGACGUGGCUGAUGAACAGCGAGCGAUCGCUCAGGGUGACGGUGGACCUGAGCGAGACGUACCCGACCAUGGAGGCUCAGGGUCCAGUACCAGAGCUGCUGCGCAAAGUCCUCAACGCCUACGACAUGAUGAUCCAAACCAGCAAAACACUGAUUGAGUCGGCUGAUGUGGUUUACUCCAAGCUCACACAAGCACAACGGGCAGGUCUGGACUUCCACGAGGAUCUGCAUCGAAUCGGAGCGAAGGAGGGUCUGAAAGGUCGUAAACUUCAGAAGGCGAUGGAGAGCUACGCCUGGAACAUCACCGUACUGAAGGGCCAGGCCGACCUGCUGAAACACGCUAAGAGUGAAGCUCUGGACACUCUGCGUCAGAUCCACUGUGCAGCUCAGUCCUGUGGCCUCAGUAAGAACGGAGCUGCAUCUCCUCAGCUUCACCACCACCAUCACCACCAGCCGGCCCAACAGAUCCUCCAGCAGCAGCAGCAGCAGCAGCAGCAGCAGCAGCAGCAGCAGCAGAACAAGCCCAACCUGCAGCUCCCAGUCCUGCACCAGUUCCAGACCGCUCCUCAGGCUUACCUCCACCCUCAUCCCCAGCUCCCGUCUCCUCUUCCUCUGCUGCAAACCCUCUCCAAACCUCCCGCCUACCCCCAGCCUCCACCCAUGCCGCAGCCCCAGGUCCAGAGGUCGCCGGGAAACCUCGACGGCAUCCCCGAGAAGGAUCUGGUCGGCGAUAAUCCGGCGGGAUCGUGCUGACCCGCCGCCUGUACCCGCAGAGAACCCGACCCGAAGCCGGAGGCCGGAAGCCAGAAGGCGACCGAAGAGGAGAAGAUGAAGGAGCUGGAGGAGGCGGCGGAGAGGAUCAGGGGGAUGAUGAUGGCGAGGAAAGUUCGGAGGGUCAGAAGCGAGACGAGAGUCUGAGAGAGACGUCACACUUUGAGCCACACAUUUAGAAGCAGCAUCGAAAACCGGAUGUAGGAGAGAAUGGUCCGUCUGAGCCGGAAAGUUUACAUAGCUUCUGUCUUCUCCAGGGGUCGAUCCACGAAGGAUCCAUCAGAGCAUCUCACAGGAGUCUUUAUCCUCACAAAGUUUUACCUUCAUACUGUCAAUAUUUGACUUUCACUUUCUGAGACUCAGAACUUCAUCAGUGCAGCAGGUAGACUCAUGACAUUUUAGAAUGAAAAACACAUUUGAGUUCUGGUAAAAACUGACACCAGAUCAGUGUCACAUCCAUCCAGGUGUCACAAUCUGAAAACUAAAUCAGGUUUUUUCUUAAAAACAGCUAUGAGCAUCAAUAUUAUGGGAUUUAUCAUGUCACAAAGAGAUGAAAGUGUCCCAAAGAUGCAUAAAGCACUCAAAACGACUCACUAAUUGACAGAAAUGAGACAGAAAACAAGAAAAACAAAGACAGAAAAUGCCUAAAUAUAAUCACAAAGCAAAAAAAACAAAACAAACAAGACACAAAAUAAGAAAAACGACAUGCAAAACGAGAAAAGAGAGAUGCAAAAUUACAAAAAAGACAAACAAAAUGACCACAACAAACAAAAAACUGUCCCAAAGACACACAAAACAGAUUAAAAAUGACAGAAAGAAGGCACAAAAUGACAAAGAUGAACCAAAAAAACAAAAACAUGACACGAAAUAAGAAAAACAAGAUAGAAAAUCACCAAAUACAUCAGUUUUCCCUCCACUCCAGGUGUCACAAUCUGAAAACUAAAUCAGGUUUUUAUUCAGCAGCAUUUUGUCUAUGUCAGUGGCAAGAGAAAAGUUUGUAAAAACAUGUUUACAUGAAGUGAUUUGCUGCAACCACAGCUGAUAAAAAUUAAGUUUCAUGCGUUAGAUGUAACUUGACUGACAUCUGCUGGUGGCUGCAUGAAUUACAGCAAAAAUAGUCAACUAGUAUGAUGCCUAAAGUCUCUAUGACUUGCAAGUAGUUUAGUUACAAAUAUUCCUCUUAUUAUACAAAUAUUAUCAGUCGACUCCAGUAGAAUGAAAUCCUGAAUCACAUUUUACAGACAUGACAUGAAAAAUACAUUUAAAUUCUGAUAAAAACAGCAGCCAGAUCAGUUUUACAUCCAUCCAGGUGUCACAGUCCAAACACUGAAUCUGAGUUUUGUUCAUUUGUUCUACAACCAACUUUGACCAUCAGUAUUAAAGGAUGUGUCAUAGUUUCAGGUCACAAACAGAUAAAGCAUUUAAAGCUAUCUAGACAUCAUACUUGACAACAAAAACAAGACACACAAUGUCACAAAAGAUUUAAAAAAACGGAAACAAAACAAGUAAAAUACAGCCGCAAAAUUACAAAAACAGCAAAAUCUGUCCCAAACACACACAAAACCGAUGCAAAAUGACAGAAGAGAGACAAAAAAUGAUGAAGACGACACAAAACUACAUAAAGACACAAAAUAAGAAAAACGAGAUGCAAAACGACAAAUCAGUUUUGCAUCCAUCCAGGUGUCACAAUCUAAACACUAAAAAGUGCAUUCUGGGUAGAUUUUCAAGGCUCAUAUCAGCAUGUGUGAUGGGUGGUUGGUCAGAACACGUUCUAGGCAAUGAAAGGAGCAUUUUUACACACUUUUUGAUCAUUUUUGCGUCAUUGUGGAGGAAUUUUUGUCAUUUUGGGCAAAAAUUGAGCAACUUAAGAGACAUGCCUGAUCAUUUUGGGUGAGUUUUAGUUAUUUUGGACAUAUUUUGAGUCAUUUUACACAGUUUGUGCGUCAUUAUGGACAAGUUUAGGGGGGGAAAGUGCAUUCUGGGUAAACUUUCAACUCAUAUCAGCAUGUGUGAUGGGUAGUUGGUCAGAACAAGGUCUAGACAAUUUAGUGUUUAGACUGUCACACCUGGACUUGGCCAUUUUGCAUCUUAUUUUUGUUAUUUUGUGUCUGGUUUUUGUUAUUUUUUUUCUCAUCUUUGUUCAUUUUUUUGUUCCUCUUCUGUCAUUUUGCAUCAAUUUCAUGUUUUUUAUUAAGUCUUUGGGAGAAUUUUUUUCUAAUUGUGGUCAUUUUGUUUGCCAUUUUUGUCAUUUUGUGUCUCAUUUUUCAUGCUGUGUGCAAUUUUCUAAGUGUUUUUCAGCCCUGAAAAUGUCAUUUGUCUAUCUGCUGUACUGAUGAAGUUAUGAGGCUCAGAAAUGAUGGAGAAAAAGUCCAUUAAAAAUCGCAAAAUGUCAGACUUUUAUGUACUUUAAGGCCCUGUAACUCAGAAAGUAUUCACAGUAUGAAGGUAAAACUUUGCAAGGCUUCAGUAAAUAAACUAAAGUCACUGCAGACAAAGAAUCAGCUGAUUUUGAGGAGAUCUGGUUGGAGUUUCUUUGGGAUCCGACCCUGCUGUGAGAAGCUAACAGGCAGCAGCUGCUACCAGUCGUCUGCAUAGAAAAGCGUUCAUGAGUUGAUGCACUCUGCUCUGUGGGUACAGGCUUUACCUCACACUGGCAGUUUAAUGCCACAAAUCUGCCUUUUUUUUUCAUUUUCACAGACUCCUUAGGCAUGACUUUUGAUUUCCGAAGAGGACGCCAUUUUUUGAUUUGAAGUGCACAGACAGUAGAGCAGCUCCGCGAUAGGCCGAGCUCGGUAGGAGUCACAUUUCAGCACAAACCAGGGAGCUUUUAGAGCUAAAGUAGAAACCGCCGCUGUCGAUGUGCUCCAUCACACUGAUGUCAGAUCUUCUAGAGUCAUUUCUUAGAGUUUAAGUUCUUCAUCCUCACUGGACCUCCUCCAUAAACGGGGCUUUUUGUGUAUGACGUCACGUGAGUCGGUGUUUCGGUUCCCCUCGGUGGAGCUCACCAGCCAAUCACAACUGGAACAUCUGAAGAUCGACAGGAACACGAUACUGCUGUCAGUUAUUAAAAAAAUAAUAAAAAUCAAGUGACUAUAGAUGUAAACUGUAUGUAAAAUUGUACGAAGGGAACAUAUAUUGCUAUAAUAAUAAUUCUCAGAUAUUACGGAUAUAAUUAUUGUCGUUAGUUUUAUGGAUAUUCUUUUUUUAAACAUUACUUCCACGUAUACAGUGAUUUGACACCUGUUGUGUUCUGUGGUGCUGAUCAGGACAGCUGGUGCAUGUGGGACGGAGAGUUAACGCCACAACACGACGGUCAAAACCACAACCUGACAUGUGUUUCACUUUAAAGUGGAUUCUGUAAGAGCUCCUUUAAGUGGCCCAUUAAAACUGGCUUCAUUGUU